AUCUUUGCCCGCCCGUUAACAAGAGAGCACCAAUUUUGAUAUUAGGAAAAAUGCGGCCACCAGCUCUACCAGUAUCAAGUUUGCGUACUUGGGCCAAAUUUAAUGGUAUAGAAUUUGAAGAUAUAUCUGUUGAGAAGAAUAAGGAAUAUGGAGGCUACGGCGUCGUUUCGACCACCAAAAUCGAUUCGGCCCCGGAACAAGAGGGUAACCUAACCGUGUUGAAUGUCCCCAAAGAUCUUAUAUUGAGCGCCGAAACCAUUGCAGAGCACGCAAAGGUUGAUAAGCAUUUCGGACAGAUUCUGGAGGCUGUUGGUGGAAGUACGUUACGUGGGGAUGUAAUGCUCUUCUUGUUGAUGCAAGUGACAAGAGCUUCAUCAGAUCCAAGUAUUAAAUUCAGUGUUCGGGGUCCGUGGACUGAGUAUGUCAAAAUGCUGCCGGAAUACAUUUCUCUGCCGACAGCGUGGCAUGAUGACCAGAUAAACCUCCUUAAUGGAACGUCUCUAGAGAAAGCUGUUGCAGCAAAAGUUUCAGCAUUAGUACGGGAAUUUGAGACUCUCCGAGAAAAUACAACAGAGAUCCCCUGGUGCCACAACGCUUGGUGGGAGACGGAGCAUCUUGAAUUCAAGGAUUGGAUCCUUAUUGAUUCCUGGUAUCGAUCUCGGUCUCUAGAGCUGCCUCUUUCAGGAGAGGCAAUGGUGCCGUUUCUGGACAUGGCGAAUCAUUCAGCAAACGCAAAUUCGCACUAUCAGCAAGGGAUUGACGAUGAAGUGCUCUUGCAAGUCAAGCCCGGGCAGCACAUUGAAAAAGGGGAGGAACUAACUAUUGACUACGGCUCUGCCAAAAGUGCCGCUGAGAUGCUUUUCAGCUACGGGUUUAUAGACGACUUGUCUUCUGUGCAUAGCCUCGUCCUUCAUAUCUCGCCUUCUCCGGAUGACCCCCUUGGCAAAGCUAAGGUUAUGAUUUAUGGCAAACCCCCGACGCUUCACAUUUCAGCGACCGAUGACUCUCUGGAGCUGACGUGCCCAUUUAUCUAUCUUAUGUGUGUUCACGGAGAUGAUGGGUUGGAUUUUAAGGUAUUACUGGAAAAUGAUGGGACAUAUGGACAAAUGCGGGCAUUCUGGAAGACUACGGAUAUUACCGACUCCAUUAACAGCUUCAAGGACAUUGUUACUGCGGAUCCUCUUGCUGAUGUAUUUCUCUUACGAGCAAAGGUCCUCUUAAGAUAUAUAGUGGACGAGCAAUUGGAACGACUGAGUGAGAGCGAGCAUACGGCGAACGAGCUCGAUCCCAACCACAAGAGCCUGUCAGUGAGUGACAAAGGGAUUCCAGAAGCUGCAUCGAAGCUCCGCGUGAUCGAGGCAGGACUUCUCAGCAAGAGCUUGGAAUUAUUAGAGGCGGAGAUCAACACGCUAUCAUCAAGCCCUAUAGUGCGUGAAUAUUUAGGCAGUUCAGAGGCACAGGACGCACCAGCGGCCGGAGAUAACGACGAGAGCGAAGAUUUUAGCUGAGUCCUUGGCAGUUAGUCAUACGCAGUUCAUCGCAUAGGAGUAAGCAUAGACUGCGCGUGAACCCCCAAUUAAGCUUGACCACGACAGCGGAUCAAUAAUUCUCACUGGCAUCCGCUUCAUAUGGCAGUUGGUGGUGGGGAACUUUGCGGGGAGAGCCAAACACGCAUUUAGCGGGCCGCAGUGGGACGCCAUUAACAAGUUUUCAUGUCAGCUAAACAGGGGAGCCAAACUACUUCUCCUGUAUUCGAGACGAAGUUAAAGAGUAAUACGACUCUACAGGCGCAAGAGUUGCACUUCGUGUCGUGCGGCGGUUUGGACAUGUACUUUCCGAUUGGUGGAUCAAGGAUCGAUCAACAUGACCACGUUUUUUUUAGGCUGAUGGAAAUGAGGACGCGUCAUUGGUCCAACGCAUAAGAGCCGGACGAAGGGCUUAAAGCGACAGAACAUGGCAAGCUUUCUGGAAAUCCUAGCGAAAGAGACUGGCGAACUCGUCGGCGUUGAGUAGUCCUAAAAGGCGAGGUGAUCUUCGAGAUCUCUGCCAAGUAGAAUGGACGAUUUGAUUCUGAUAGUCGAUCUGAAGAGAAGA